AAAAGCGAAAAAGACAAGUCACGGAUGACCGUGUGUCUUGCUGGGUUAAUGCAAAGAACUCGGCGUAAUCCACUGGUCGUGUCAGUCAACCACACCCUUCCUCUUCCUCUUCAUCCUCAUCACUCACCCACUUGUCUUUCCCUCUUCUCUUCUCCUCUCUCUCUCUCUCUCUCUCUCUCUCUCUGUUUUUCUUUUCCUCUGUUUCUCUCUCUUGCCCACUCUGUUUUCCACACUUCAGAAACUCUUCCUUGUACUUGAUAUAAAUACAGAAGCUUCAGUGCCCACGAACGCCAUGACGGGCAGAGAAAUCCUCCACAAGAUGAAGGAAAAAGUUGGACUAGGUUCAUCAGAUCCUGACUCUGGGAAGGGGAAGAGCAAGUUGCAAAAAAACGUCACGCAUGGUUUCCACUUGGUGAAGGGGAAAGGCCAUCACGCUAUGGAGGACUAUGUUGUUGCACAGUUCAAGCAAGUUGAAGACAAUGAACUCGGAUUAUUCGCGAUAUUUGAUGGCCAUUUGAGCCAUGAGAUCCCCAAUUACUUGCGGACUCAUCUGUUUGAAAAUAUCUUAAAGGAGCCAGACUUCUGGGCAGAGCCUGAGAAAGCUGUGAGGAGAGCAUAUCGAAUGACGGAUGAUAUGAUUCUGGACAAGGCAGUUGAUCUGGGCAAAGGGGGAUCAACUGCAGUUACAGCCAUAUUGAUCAAUUGCCAAAAGUUGGUUGUGGCCAAUGUUGGGGAUUCUCGGGCCGUUAUAUGCAAGAAUGGCAGGGCCAAGCAACUAUCAGUUGACCAUGAGGCAAGCUCUGAAAAAGAGCACAUUGAGAAUAGAGGGGGUUUUGUGUCCAAAUUCCCAGGGGACGUUCCUCGUGUAGAUGGCCAGUUAGCGGUGGCGAGGGCGUUUGGUGAUAAGAGUUUGAAGAAGCAUCUCAGUUCUGAACCGCAUGUCGUGGUGGAGAUGAUCGAUGAUAACACGGAGUUUCUUAUCUUGGCAAGCGAUGGACUAUGGAAGGUGAUGUCAAACGAAGAAGCUGUAAAUGCCAUUGGACAAAUCAAAGAUGCUCGCUCAGCAGCAAAGACCCUUACUGAAGAGGCACUCAACAGGAAGAGCACCGAUGAUAUUUCUGUUGUUGUCGUUAGAUUUUAG